CGAAAGCUUAAAAAAAAAAAGUUCGAAUCUUUACGGCGUUUUGCUGACUUGGGUUGAAGGAAGUUCACUGUGGGAUAAACGAACGACAUUGUUGUUAGGUUUAGCCUCUGUUUUAGCCACUCCCCUGGUUUUCUGUAUUGGGAAGGCGGAGAUAAGGUACAAUGGUCAAAGCUAUCUUAAAUGUUGUUGUUGGGGAUGGGGGGGUUUCUUCAGUUGAAACCAUUGCCUUGGCAUUUCAGAACUACAUACUGAUGCUAGGCACAAGUGUGAUGAUACCUUCGAUACUAGUUCCGGCCAUGGGUGGCAGCGAUGGGGAUAAAGCGCGAGUAAUACAAACCUUACUCUUUGUAUCCGGGAUCAACACACUUCUCCAAGCAUUGUUCGGGACACGAUUGCCAGCAGUCGUUGGAGGAUCGUACGCUUACGUUAUUCCAGUAGCCUACAUCAUAAGCGACUCUUCGUUGCAGCAGAUCACCGAUCAUCAUGAAAGGUUCAUACAUACAAUGCGGGCUAUUCAAGGCGCUCUAAUUGUUGCUUCGAGCAUCCAAAUAAUCCUUGGUUACAGCCAAGUAUGGGGUCUUUUCUCAAGGUUCUUCAGUCCUCUUGGCAUGUCACCUGUAGUUGGUUUGGUUGGUCUUGGGCUAUUCCAACAUGGGUUUCCAGCAUUAGGAAGAUGUGUAGAAAUCGGGCUACCAAUGUUGCUUCUAGUCAUUGGCUUGUCACAGGGACUUUGGUGGCUCCAGUAUCUAAAGCAUGUGAGACCAUUUAGAGAUGUUCCAAUAUUUGAACGGUUCCCAGUCUUGAUCUGUGUCACCAUUGUGUGGAUCUACUCCAUUAUCCUGACUGCAAGUGGUGCAUACCGGAACAGGCCAGAUCGAACCCAAAGGAGCUGUCGAACUGACAGAGCAAAUCUCAUUUCCACUGCUCCUUGGUUUAUGUUCCCAUAUCCUCUGCAAUGGGGCCCGCCUACAUUCUCCGUUGGCCACUGCUUUGCCAUGAUGUCAGCAGUCCUUGUCUCUAUGGUUGAGUCAACUGGAGCAUACAAGGCAGCAUCUCGACUGGCCAUUGCUACUCCACCACCAGCAUAUGUACUCAGCAGAGGCAUUGGCUGGCAAGGAGUUGGGAUACUGCUGGAUGGUCUCUUUGGGACAGGAACUGGUUCCACUGUUUCUGUUGAAAAUGUGGGACUCCUGGGGCUAACUAGAGUUGGAAGCCGCAGAGUUGUCCAAAUCUCUGCAGGCUUCAUGAUCUUCUUCUCCACCUUAGGGAAAUUCGGAGCUGUUUUUGCCUCCAUACCAUUCCCAAUAUUUGCAGCCCUAUACUGUGUUCUCUUUGGACUUGUGGGUUCAGUGGGACUGUCGUUUCUGCAGUUCACUAACAUGAACUCAAUGAGAAACCUAAUGAUCACAGGGCUAUCUCUCUUCCUUGGUAUCUCCAUCCCCGCAUUCUUCAACGAGUACCUCAACCCGGAUCGUCAUGGCCUUGUUCACACCAAUGCCGGAUGGUUCAAUGCAUUUGUGAAUGCGAUAUUCCAGUCACCGGCAACAGUAGGGCUGAUCGUGGCAGUGUUUCUGGACAACACUUUGGAGGUGGAGAAAUCGAAGAAGGAUAGAGGGAUGCCAUGGUGGGUAAAGUUUAGAACUUUUCGUGGAGAUAACAGGAACGAAGAGUUCUACACUUUGCCAUUCAACCUCAACAGAUUCUUCCCGCCCACUUAGGCAUGCAUGUUCAUAGAUAAGACAACCAUAAUUGAAGGAAGUGAAUGGGUUUCAUUCAAGUCAGUCAGAGGGUCCUUUUUUGUUCUCUAGAAAUUGUAAAUUCAGCAGUAAUCAAAUGAUAAGUCAUAACAGAUAACAGUUCCCACCCCUCUGCAAUACUCUACAAUCUUACCUUUUAGAUUCAGUAGCAAAUGUCCAUUUUUUUGAACAAAUAAUGAAAUGAGUUCAAUUUUUAGAUUCAUAAGUAAUUCAAAUGGUA